UGUUUGUUUUAUUGGUUUGGCCAUAAUGCCGACCGACGUGGUGUUCGGCGUGAACGAGAAAUGGCGCAUCAACCGCAACAUCUUCGUGCUGGGGUUCGCGUUCAUGGUGCAGUUCACCGCGUUCCAUGGCGCGGCCAACCUGCAGAGCUCGGUCAACAGCGAUGCCGGCGCUGGGGCGUUUACCCUGGCUGCUAUAUAUUUCUCGCUGAUAUUGUCGAAUAUACUGCUCCCAGCUGUGGUUAUCAGAUGGCUGGGCUGCAAAUGGGCAGUGACCCUGUCCUUCCUAGCGUACAUGCCGUUCAUAGCGGCGCAGUUCUACCCCCGUCUGUACACGCUGGUACCAGCUGGCAUGAUGGUGGGGUUCGGCGGCGGUCCACUGUGGUGCGCGAAGUGUACCUACCUGUCUGUGGUAGCUGAGCCGUAUGCCCGGCUGUCGGGAGUCCCAGCAGACGUGCUGGUGGUGCGGUUCUUCGGGCUUUUCUUCAUGUUCUACCAGAUGGCUCAGAUCUGGGGCAACCUCAUCUCUUCAGCCAUAUUGUCAUCGUCGCUUGGUGAUGUGGUUUCGUACACCAACGAAACCGUAGCGCCGACCGCAGCAGCGUUGGUCAGCAACAUUACUUCUCCCAAAGUGGACUUCGGGUCUACCUGUGGAGUCAACUUCUGUAGCGGCAGUGAGGCUCAUGAGAACGCGAACCUUCAACCUCCAUCGCCUCUAAAGAUCCAAGUGAUAUCUGGCGCGUACCUGGCGUGUAUGGCGUUCGCAGUUAUCUUAGUCGCUUUUGGCGUGGACUCUCUUAAAAGAUAUAGCACCAAAAGAUCGUGUGAAGGCAAGUCUGGACUAAAGCUUCUGGCGGUGACGCUCAAGCAACUCCGGCACCGGUACCAGUUGCUUUUACUGCCCGUCAUCGGCUACAUCGGUGCUGAGCAGGCGUUCAUGGCCGCGGACUUCACCCAGGCAUUCGUAGGCUGCGCAUACGGCAUCAACAACAUCGGCUACGUGAUCAUCUGUUUCGGCGUGUUCAAUGCGCUUGCGGCGCCCAUCGCCGGCGCAGUCGUCAAGUUGACCGGACGGUACCCUGUUAUGGUCACUGCUUUGUUGCUAAACAUCGUUCUGCUGACUGCGCUGAUUCUCUGGCGCCCGGACCCCGAGAACUGGCUGGUGUUCUACCUCCUCGCUGCUAUAUGGGGUACUGCAGACGCUGUGUGGCUUGUGCAGGUCAAUGCUCUGUCUGGAAUAUUGUUCCCUGGCAAUGAAGAAGCCGCGUAUUCCAACUUCAGGCUUUGGGAGGCCACUGGCAGUGUUCUAUCCUAUGCCACGGCGCCAUAUCUUUGCGUAAGGACGAGGCUAUACGUGCUUGUAUGCUUCCUACUCCUGGGCUUCGCGGGCUACACCACCAUCGAGCUGAUGGAGUACCGCGUCAAGCGCGCGCACCAGCUCGAGAGGAACUUCCAACUUGUCGACAAGAAGGGGGACGAUUAG